UAUAUAUAUUUAGCAUUGUAGAUGGAUUGAAGUUUGACGACAAGUCAGUCCGUCAGGGGCCUCGCAGAGUUGCUUAGUAUUUCAUUCUUUUUAAGCUAUUUCUAUAGUAGAUAAUUUAUCGUGUUCUAACGGAAAUUGCUUUCUCGAUUCUUGAAGACCAAGACUAUAUAAUCAUGACCCGUGGGAAUCAACGUGAGCUGGCUAGGCAAAAAAAUAUGAAAAAAACUAAUAGUAAAAAGGCUGCGGCUGAGCAAGAUAGUAACAAAGGACUUACUUUAGAACAAAGGAAACAAAGAGAUGCAGAUAUAAUGAGAGAAAAACAAUUGAAAAAGCAGCAAGAUGCCGAAAACCAAACUGUAAAGUAAUAAUUACAAAAUUUUGUACAUUUAUUUGUAAAUAAUAUCAUGGGCGAUAUUCUUAUGAUUGAAUUUCUUUAAAAAUAAUUAUUGUGCAAGUAUUUUAAAGGACUAGUGUAAGAAUAAGUAUAUGUUUCAAUACUUCUAGCAUAUUACCAUUAUUUAUAAAACUAUGAGGCAUA